CGGGGAUGGUUUUCUGCCCGUGUGGCGCCCUGCCAGGGUCCUGAAGGCGCUGACCCAACACCUCAUUGGAUCCCCAGGUGACGACGCGUCCCGCCAGGACUCACUUCCCCAUUCUUCUACUCCUAAAAUAAACUUCCUGCUUCCUUUGAGCGAGUCCAAACAACCCUCCAAUCCUCUCCGACCAGACGCUUCGCCCGCCCCAGUACAAUUCACCCCUGAGCAACUCAGUAAAAUCGGUUCCCCAGCUUCCUCCUACCAGGAGCCUUGCAGUUGCCGCCGGCAGCGCUCCGGCGCUAGCAAUAAAGGCUUUCUUUUUGCACCUCCGUCAGUGUCUCUUGAAGACGCCAAAACCUCACGCGCAGUUCCCGGGCUACAAGCCGCGACUGAACGCUCCCCACGCCGGCUGCAAUCUACUUCCCUACUCGUUUCGGGCAGGAGCCAAUCCGUGAGAAGAGGCGGGCUGCAAGAGCCCUCCAGUCCCGAGGGACUGCGUAGGAGGGUGCUGCCCAGUCAUGGCGCCGAAGUCUCGGUCCUGUGCGUGCGGCCGAGCCCCACGUCGUGCUGCGCUACUUCUGUGACUUCUGGCUGCACGCUGCGUGGAAAUGGCUCCGUGAGACCUUGAAGCCACUCAAUGGAGGCACUGACCUUUGAAGACGUGGCUGUAAACUUCACCAUGGAGGAGUGGGCUUUGCUGAAUCCAUCCCAAAAGAGGCUCUACAGAGAUGUAAUGAGAGAAACUUUUAGGAACAUAGCUACUAUAGGUAGAGCCUGGGAGAACCAGAAAGCUGAAGAAAAAAAUGACUGCAGAAAUCAAAGAAUUGAAGAGUUGGGGAAAUGCAACCCAUUAGAAAUGCCUACCGUAACUGACACUGGAGUGAAGACAUAUGAGUUUUUGGGAUUAGAAAAGAUGCUGUAUAAAUGUAGUGAGCGUGGAAGAGCCUGCUGUGAUUUCCACUUCUUUCAGGAUACAAGAACAAAGACUGGAGAGAAAUCCUAUGAAUAUGAUCGAUGUGAAAAAUCCUAUUCUGAUCUUAGUGAAAAAAGUCACCUUAGAGAGCAUACCUUUGUAUAUGAGGAAAACUUGAAAGCCUCCAGCACACCCAAUGAUGUUCAGAUCCAUGAACAAACACACACUGGGGAGAAACCCUAUGUAUGUCAACAGUGUGGGAAAGCUUUUAGUAGACAAAGUCAUUGUACAAUACAUGAAAGAGCUCACACUGGGGAGAAACCCUAUGUAUGUAAACAGUGUGGGAAAGCUUUUAGUACACAAGAUUAUUGUAAAAUACAUGAAAGAUCUCACACUAGAGAAAAACCCUAUGAAUGUCAACAGUGUGGAAAAACUUUUAGUAGACAAGGUCAUUGUAAAAUACAUGCACGAAUGCACACUAGGGAGAAACCAUAUGUAUGUCAGCAGUGUGGGAAAGCUUUUAGUAGACAAGGCCAUUGUAAAAUACAUGAGAGAACACACAUUGGGGAGAAACCCUAUGUAUGUAAGCAAUGUGGGAAAGCUUUUAGUACACAAGAUUAUUGUAAAAUACAUGAAAGGAUUCACACUGGGGAGAAACCCUAUGUAUGUAAGCAGUGUGGAAAAUCUUUUAGCUCACAUAGAGAUCAUAAAACACAUGAAAGAACUCACACUGGCGAGAAACCUUAUGUAUGUAAGCAAUGUGGGAAAACUUUUACUAUACACAUAAAUUGUAAAAGACAUGAAAGGACUCACACUGGAGAGAAACCCUAUGUGUGUAAGCAAUGUGGUAAAGCCUUCAGUACACAAGGUUAUUGCAAAAUACAUGAAAGGAUUCACACUGGUGAGAAACCCUAUGUAUGUAAACAAUGUGGAAAAUCUUUUAGCUCAUAUAAAACUCAUAAGAGACAUGAAAGAACUCACACUAGGGAAAAACCCUAUGAAUGUCAACAUUGUGGAAAAGCUUUUAGUAGACAAGGUUAUUGUAAAGUACAUGCAAGAAUGCACACUGGGGAGAAACCCUAUGUAUGUCAACAGUGUGGGAAAACUUUUAGUAGACAAGGCCAUUGUAGAAUACAUGAACGGAUGCACACUGGGGAGAAACCCUAUGUAUGUAAGCAAUGUGGGAAAGCUUUUAGUACACAAGAUUAUUGUAAAAUACAUGAAAGGAUUCAUACUGGGGAAAAACCCUAUGUAUGUAAACAGUGUGGGAAAGCUUUUAGCUCACAUAGAGACCAUAAAAGACAUGAAAAAACUCACACUAGGGAGAAACUCUAUGAAUGUCAACAGUGUGGGAAAGCUUUCAGUAGACAAAGUCAUUGUAAAAUGCAUGAAAGAAUGCACACUGGGGAAAAACCCUAUGUAUGUAAGCAAUGUGGGAAAGCUUUUAGUAGAGAAGUUUAUUGUAAAAUACAUGGAAGAACUCACACAGGGGAGAAACCCUAUGUAUGUAAGCAAUGUGGAAAAGCUUUUAGUAUACGAACAAAUUGUAAAAGACAUGAAAAAACUCACAGUGAAGAGAAACCCUAUGUAUGUAAGCAAUGUGGGAAAGCUUUUAGUACCCAAGGUUAUUAUAAAAUACAUGAAAGAACUCACACUGGGGAGAAACCCUAUGUAUGUAAGCAAUGUGGGAAAGCUUUUAGUAUACAAAUAAAUUAUAAAAGACAUGAAGUAACUCACACUGGAGAGAAACCCUAUGUAUGUAAAUAUUGUGGGAAAGCUUUUAGUACACAAGGUUAUUAUAAAAUACAUGAGAGAAUGCACACUGAUGAGAAACUAUAUAUAUGUAAGCAAUGUGGGAAAGCUUUUAGUUCACAAAGUUAUAAAAUACAUGAAAGGACUCACUGGGGAGAAACCCUAUGUAUGUCAACAUUGUGGACAAUCAAGACAGAAGUUAUGAAACAAACUCACACUGAGGAGAACCAUAUGUAUAUAAGUUAACAUGGGAAAGCUUUUAAUGCACAAAGUUGCUACAAAAGACAUGAAACAAUUCACACUGUAAAGAAACUAUGUAAGCAAUACAAGAAAGCUUUUAGUACAUAAGAUUAUUGUAGAACACAUGAAAGAACCCACACUAGAUAAAAAAUAUGUGAGCAAUGUGGGAAAAUUUUUAAUAAUGCUUGUAAACUGCAUUAAAAACACUGAGGAGAAGCUGUAUGUAAGCAAUACAGGAAAGCUUUUGUUCCACAAAACUAUUGUAAGUUACAUGAUAAAACUUGGGGAAAUCCCUGUGUAUAUAGGCAAUGUGGGUAAGCCUUUACUAUAAAAAGUACUUUUGAAACAUGAAAGAAGUCACAUGGGAGAAAAGCUAUAUAUAAAACUUAAAAAUCAUUUCCAUACCCAGUGUGGAAAAACUUAGCACAGCUAUUAAUUAUAAGACAUGAAAAAGCUUACACUUGACAUUAAUUCCAUAUGUGAAAGCAAUAUGAAAAAGCUUUCAACAUUUCUAGUGUUUGCAAAGGAGAUAAAAUAACUUAUACUGGACAGAAACCAUAUUUAUGUAAAAUACAUGGAAAAGCUUUUUUUAAUAUUAAGUGAAAAGACUCAAUGGAGAGAAUUUUUAUAUAAGUUUAUUUUGAUAAUACUAUGAAAAUUUCUCAAGUAUUAGAAACCUAUAGGACUAACAAAAUGCUUGAUGAAAGUAUUUUUCUAUAAACUUUCCACAAAAUGCAAUCCCAGACAGAAAUAUACUAAAGCAUAUACAUUAUGUGUUUUUCAGCAAGUCUUUUACAUAUCUGGAUUGUAUUUCUGCAGUAUUUAAUAUAAAAAUAUUGAGUUAGCAUAAUAUGGUAUUUUUAUGUGUCUGAGCUUACUGCAUCGUAUCUUAGGCAUGAUGAAUUGAAAUGUAUUACUUUCAAUUAGAGUCAGUAUUUAUGUAGGUUUUAAUGUAAGCCAUAAAUAAUUUUGUUAACUGAUUUUUGUUUAUUGAUGGAAUAUUGUCAUUUAAAAAUGUUUGGUUACACACUUCUGUGCAACAAGUUAUUUUUCAAUUUGAAGCCAUAUUUUAUAUUAAGAUACAUAUUUAGUGAAAAUGUGUUUUUGACAUCCGAUUUUUUUACUUGUAAAUGAACAAGUUUGUGUUUCUCAUAUCCUACAAUGAUACCUGCUUGUUUUCCAGUGUUGUAUAUUAUAUCAUAUACAUAAUUUUGCCUAUUUGUCAUUCAUAUUAGGGGAAAUAUUGUCACUAAUAUAACAUUUUGUUUCUUACCAUCAAAAUUGUGAUUUUCUUGUUUUCAAUGCAGUAACUUAAUUUUCUCAUAAUUUUUCCACCAAAGUGACCCAAACUGCUAUGAGUUUCUCAUUAUGAUAGAUCUGCAGUAUCGUAACUUGUCUACAAAUAAAUUUUAUAAACUAUAGUAGUCUCUCCAGAACUAAAAAAGACAAAAAAGCAAACAAAAAGAUUACAAAAGACAGUAUGAUUUAUCAGGAAUAAUUAAGGAAUUAUUG